AUGAAUGGCAUGGAGAUUCCGGGAUUGGGAUACCCGGAGGUUCUCAUAAAAUUGAAGGAGGAGGAGAAACAAAAGAAGUCGUACAAGUUGGUCCUGGAUUUUCGCGAUGGAGCUCUCAGCAUCAUCGAAACUAACCGUCUGUGUGAAGAAGUACACCGAGAAUUUAGAGAUCUUUCAGAAGCUGAAGUUGAUUACCUUGGAACUGAAAUUAACGAUCAUGCCUACGAUGAAAAUCUAGAUAUCCACUGUGAGAAAUGCAAUAAAUUUUAUCGACCAUUCUGUCGUCUACACCCAUUAUUCAAAAUUCCUGAUCGUGAGCCGAGGAAAGAAGAAUUAAGUACAAAAGUCUACUCACAACUCACCCUACCUAUUUUAUUCCGCAUCGAAGAAUCAAAGAUCCCCAACGCGGGCCUUGGUGUUAUAGCUUCAGUGUUUAUUCCCAUUGGAAUGGUAUUUGGACCAUACAAAGGUAUCAAAGUUUACAAAAAGGACGAAUUCAAGAAAGAUGGAUACGCUUGGCUUAUCAAGAAUGGAGAUAAAAAGUUCUACAUCGAUGGAUCGGAUCCAAAGAGAUCCAAUUGGUUGAGAUAUAUCAAUAGUCCCAGACACGAAGAUGAGCAAAAUAUGAUUGCGUUCCAAACAAAUAGUCGAAUUUACUAUCGAGUGAUCAAACCGAUUAGAAUAGACCAAGAACUUCUAGUGUGGUAUGGCUCAUCUUAUGGCGGGGAAUUUGUUGAAUCCGAAGAUGGAGGAAAAUCAAAAAAGCCGGUCAAGAACCCAUUCAUUUGGUGA